AAGGACAAAAUAUAAGCACUAUGAAAAAAUAAAACAGAGGAGAGAGAAAACCAGGAAUAAAAAUGGUAAAAGUGAGCAAAUUUGUGAUGAAAAAUGUGGGAGAAGGAAUCAGUAAAACUCUGUCUGAAAUUCUGGUUUGCCCUUUAACCAAACAACCCUUAAGAUUUUGUGAGAAGACAGGAUCACUAAUCAGUGAUGAAAUUGGGGUUUCUUUUCCGAUAGUUGAUGGGAUACCUCGGUUGGUUCCAAAGGACGGGAAGAUCCUUGAAGAUGAAGGAUUGUCCCAUACAGAUGGCCACAAGGAAAUGAAAGAUUGAGAUUGAUCUGUACUCUUCUAUCCCAAAUUCAAGCAUGUUGCUUGUAUGUUAUUAUUUCUGUGUGGCGGGAGAUGGGACUUCUUGUGAACCUGCCUAGAAUAGCUAUAUACUGUGUUGCUACGAGCCACAUGUAACAUUAGUCCCAAUUUUAGGAUUACUGAACUACAAUUUUUUUUGUUCCGUAUGAUUUAUACAGCUAAUGUCCAAGACCAAGAUAGUCGAGUUCUUUAAUAUCCAUUUGUGUAACUAUCUCUUAUGAAAAUUCAGCAAUUAUAUACAAAUUGGUGCAGAAUGCAGAUGCUGUGCAUCUGAUUUCCCUUGUUUCAUUUUUCAA